AUGGCAGGCAAGAAGAAGGAAGUGAGCCUGCAGGCAUCUGUCACAAGCCAGGAACAAUGGGAUGAAAUGCUCGCAACAAAAGGUUUAACGGUUGUUGAUGUUUACCAACAGUGGUGCGGCCCCUGCCGAGCUGUUGUAGGCCUCCUGCGGAAAAUAAAGAACGAACUGGGCGAUGACCUGUUACAUUUUGCCACAGCCGAGGCAGACAGUGUUGAAGCUCUUGAGAGAUACCGAGGGAAAUGUGAGCCCACCUUCCUGUUUUAUGGGGGGGGAGAGCUGGUGGCUGUGCUGCGAGGGGCCAACGCUCCACUCCUACAGAAGUUGAUUUUAGAGGAACUCACCAAGGAGAAAUUGAUUGUGGAACAAGGAGGCGAGCGCAAAGUGGUUAAAGAUGAAGGUCUGGUAGAUGAUGAGAGGGAAGAAGAGCAGGUGCCCGAGCAGCACGAGAAUGAUGAAGGCGUACUUGUUCCUGCUAGUAAAUCCUACACUGUAGCCAUCAUCAAACCAGAUGCUGUCGCUCAUGGCAAGGCAAAUGAGAUUAUAAUGAAGAUACAAGAUGCUGGGUUUGAGAUCCUGGCCCAUGAGGAACGAGUGUUGACAGAGUUUGAAGCUCGUGAUUUUUACCAGCACAAAGCAGCAGAGGCCUGUUUUGAGGAGUUGGUGCAGUUUAUGUCCAGUGGCCCCUCCCACAUUCUGGUUCUGUCUCGGGUGGAAGGCUCAGCCAAUGUUGUACCAGCGUGGCGUGAGUUUAUUGGCCCAGCAGACACAGAAGAAGCCAAGAGGGACAAGCCAGAAAGCUUGCGGGCGCAAUACGGCACACAGACACUGCUCAACGCCGUGCACGGUAGUGAGGACAGCGACCAGGCCAGCAGGGAGCUCGCCUUCUUCUUCCCCAACUUUAGAACCGCCUCGAUAACAGAGCAGGAUGGGGAGGAAGAGCGUGUGGAGAGGACACUGGCUCUCAUCCGGCCUGACAUUGCCAGAGAGAACAGAGAGGAGAUCUUGUCUAAAAUCCAUGAGUCCGGCUUCACAGUAGCUCUUCAAAGAGAGGUGAUGUUGACAGAGAAGCAGGUGAGACAGUUUUAUGUCCAACAUGUUGAAGAGGACUACUUCCCUGCGCUCCUGCGAAACAUGACCAGUGGUCCGGUGCUAGCUCUGGCCCUAGCCAGGACAGGAGCUGUCGAUCAUUGGAAGAACAUUGUCGGCCCCGCUGACGUCAAUAAAGCCAAAGAGGAACAGCCUGCUUGUCUGAGAGCCCAGUUUGCUGUGGAGAACGAACCCAUCAACCAGCUCCAUGGCAGCGCAAGCAGUGAAGAGGCAGAGCGAGAGAUCGACUUCUUCUUUCCCAAGCAGCAGACACUGGCUUUGAUCAAACCCGAUGCCAUGGAAGAACACAAAGAGGAGAUUUUGGAGGAAAUCCAUCGCGGCGGCUUCUCUGUGACGCGGCUGAAGGAGCUGGUUCUGUCCAGGGAGAUGGCAGAGGAGUUCUACAAGGAGCACAGGGACAAACCCUUCUUCGGCCAGCUGGUGGAGUUCAUGUGUCGGGGACCAUGUAUGAUGCUGGUCCUGACCAAGGAAAAUGCAGUGGAGGAGUGGAGGGCCAUGAUGGGCCCCACAGACCCAAGCCAGGCUAAGGAGACAUCCCCGAGCUCCCUGAGGGCACGCUUUGCCUCCGACAUUCUCCACAACUCAGUCCACGGCUCCUCCACGCAGCAGCACGCGGAGGAGAAGAUCCACUUCAUCUUCGGCGACAUCUGCUCCGACACAGAGCUCACUAGUGACGGGGCCACUGGCACAACCCUCUUAGCGAAGGAGCAAGACAGUUUUGCGGAUGCUACAAAGUCAGAGAUGUCAGGAUCUCCAGCUGACAUUUCUGAUAAUGUUCACCCAGGAAAUGAAGGUAUGCAGGGGAUAAGAAGCAGAGAUUUCACCAGUUUGUUUUACUAUAUCCUGAGCGAUGUGAGCAGACUGCAAUAACUGCCUCUCUGAACACUGACAAUUCAGA